AUGCAAGCAAUGGGUCUUAGCGACUACCUGAACGACCCUAUGCUUAUCAAUGAGCUGCUGAACAAACUGCCAGGAGAUAUGAAGCUCGAUUGGGGUCGUCAUCGAAUGGCUACGGUUCGUGUCGAUAUAGUGACCUUCGACGACUGGUUAUUUGGUUUAGCAUCGUGUGCUAGUCAAGUAACAGCACUUAACCCUACAGCCAGUACUACUGGAGAAGAAAAGGCGGGACGAAAGAGCACUAAGGAAAGGGUUUUUGUGCACGACGAGAUUUCUAAGGAGCGCGCCUCAACUAAAUCGCCUAAGGAGAAAACGCAGACACCCCCUGCUUGUCACCAGUGCGAAAAGGACCACAACCUCUCUGACUGCCCGGACUUCAAAGCAAAGAGCCGAAACGAACGCUGGCAGCUAAUCAAGGAAAAAAAGCUGUGCAUUCGCUGCUUCAGAACUCACAUGGUUCGACGCUGCGCCUCCAAGCAAGCAUGCGGUGUUGACGGUUGUCGAAUGGCGCACAACGCACUACUACAUGGCAACACUGCUGCAACCAAUCACUAUGGUAAAGUGACCAAAUCCGAUAUUAAAGGUCAGGACGGUUCUACAGUCCUAUUCAGCCAAAGCAAGUUUAAGAGGGCAGUUUUUCGCUACAUUCCGGUAAUCCUAUAUGGCCCCAAAACGACUAUCAGUACAUUUGCGCUGAUUGACGAAGGGGCAUCGUGCACUCCGAUGGACAGUGGCCUAGCUGAGGAGUUGGGACUUGACGGGCCCAGCGAAGAGCUAUGUCUGAGAUGGACCGGCGACAUCACACAGCACGAGGCGAGCUCAAAAUUCGUAGGUCUCGAAAUAUCUGCCAGAGGGGAAAAUGUUCCGCGUUAUCGUUUGCAUAACGUGCGUACGAUCACUGACCUCGAAUUACCGCAGCAAUAA